AAGCGGGACAUCUGGUCACCCUAAGUGUAUCGUUUACAGUGCUGGAUGAAGUAUUUUAUUUAAAAUAAAAUACGAAAAUGUAAAAAUACUACAAGUAAAAGUCUUUCAAACUAAAUGUUACCUAAUAUAAGGAAAAGUAUAGGUUCAAGGUUCAAGGUUUUUUAUUUUGUCAUACGAACAUAGCUAUAGUGUAGUUAUGACGAUGAAAAUCUUAGGUCAUCUGAUCUAACCAAUCAAGUAUGCCUAAAGUACUAGGAUAUAAAUAACUCAUUGUGCAGAAUUGCCCCUUUCAGUAAUAUUUUUAUUUAGUUUAUACAAUUAUUAUUAUUAUUAGUGCAAUACCAGAGCUGUUAUGGAAGGUUAUAUCAGUAGCGAAGUCCCUCCCCUUCCCUUUAUGAAUCGUUUUCUGCGAAAUGAUUGGCCGACUAUGAAAGUACUUCCUGUAAACAUUGACUCUGAUUGGUUCCUCGUCGUUUGACGUUCCGGAUGUUGCAUGUUUUUUUCCGGCCGGCUCACCCAUGGAUGUAGGGCUCACCGUUCCGUUCUCGGUAAAAUGGCAGAGGUCGGUCAUAGGCUAGGGAGCGGGGCUUACCGGCUGUCCGCCCUCAGAAACAGCCAGAGUUGGUCGGUGUGCACCGGAGAGAGUCCCGGUCCUCUGCUGGUCAACUCCCUCAGUGACAGCCGGUGUAAAGAGCAGUCAACCCGGGACCAACAUCAUGAAGUUCAGCCAGUGUCAAGAAGCAAAGCAACACGACUCAAACCAGAGAAACUUUCCGGAGUGACAACAAGUGAAAGUCCACAGAAAAAUGGGACUUUGGGCUGUGUCAGGUAUUUGGAGCUGGAUUCAUCCCGGUUUAUCAGAGAGAGACUUAACACUUACACAACAUCCCUGUACCUCUCAGCGAGGCAGCAGGAGAGGCUGCUGCCCGGCAGGAUGACAUCCUGGAGCAGAGGAGCUGUUUUCAUCCACCCUGACACCUUCAGGUCAGGGCAGGGGUCAGACAGGUGGAGGCGUCUGAAAGCCCAUCCUAAUACCAUGCAGGUAUCUACCAGAAGCUACAGCUGGAAGAGUGACCGCAGCUCAGAGGAGGCUCCCAUUAUGUACAGAGCAAGGACGACUUAUUACGACAUCCUCAGAGUGUCCCCUGGUGCCACACAGUCCCAGAUCAAGACAGCCUACUACAAGCAGUCUUUUCUUUUCCACCCUGACAAGAACCCAGGGAACGAUGAGGCCACGCAGCGCUUCUUUGAUAUAAGCAAGGCCUACACAGUGCUGGGAAACAUUGGCCUCAGGAGGAAGUAUGACCGUGGGAUUCUCAGCAGUUCAGAUGUUCACAGUGCAGGGAGACCUUCCUCCAAAGAGACCAUGAGCAAAUCCUCAGCCCCCCCACAUCAGCAACACUACAGAACCAGGCAGUUCUCCCAAACUGGGAAGAAGGCCAUGUUUGAUUUUGAUGCUUUUUAUCAGGCUCACUAUGGGGAGCAGCUGCAGAGGGAGAAGGACAUGAGAGCCAGGAAGCAGCGCCUGCAGGAGCAGAAGAAGGAGAACCUCAACAAGUGGAAGGAGGGAAGACAUUUGGACUUGACUAUGAUAGUGCUGAUGGCCAUGGCAGGCGUUCUCGUUGUGAAUCUCAGCAUAUCCUGAAAUAGAUGCAGCACCUUGGCGGGUGCCUCUCUGGGGUUGCAUGUUACAACUCUCAGGGAGGAGAAAGAGGGGGAGAGAGAGUGCUACCUCAGACUGUUUUGCAAGUGUUGCACGGUUUUUGACAGUUGAAGAUGAUUUUUUCUUGUGUGUUUUUAAGGAGCAAACAAAGGCUGAAUCACUGGUUAGAGGCCAAAGAUUGGUAUUUAUAAACUGUGUCAUUAGCUGAUUGUUUCAAAACAGCAACUGAGCAUAUUACUUUUCCUCAUUCAUUCACUUUAAGACUGUAAAAACCAGCAGAAACAAAAACUGCAAACACUUACCUAAAAAGUGGGUGCUGAAUGAUCAUACAUCAGAAACGUCAAGAGAGAGAACAUUUACAAAUCGUAUGUACAGGUAAUAUUAUAUUUCACUCUUAAUGGCUUUCUCACCGUUGAUUUAUUUUAACCUAGGUUUCAGAGACAUCAUUACAAUCUUGUCAAAUGGUCACUCUCCUUAUCUCAAGAAGCUGAUGUAGACUGUUAUGGAGGUUUAGUUUUUGUGCCAUCAACAUCUGUACCACCAGGUGUGAAGUUUCUGUGUCUGCACUUAUUUAUUUCAUUUCCAUAGGGACAAGUCUGAAGCCAAACCACCCUUAUUGGCAGCUCUCAUUGAAUUCCUUUCACCCACAUGCUGCACAAGGAUGUGAACAUUGAAUGUCUGAGGCUGGAACACGCACAAUCCCUUUGCCUUUCCUUACACACUGCAUCUGUAAUUCAGGAAAUCACUUUGAAGUGUGCAAAUGUAAGAUUAUUAGAAAAAUAAUACACAUGUAUACACCUAUUUUUGAGAGUGUAUCGAUCUACUGUAUAUUAUGUUAAAUUAAAAAUUAAAAUUUAUUUUUUAAUAGGGGUAACUGUAUAAACCAACUCUCAACCAACAGUUUGAUUCAUAUUUUUUAAAUAGUUUUAUUUAUCAAUGAAGAUCAUAGUUUGUGAUUACCCAGAAUGCUUUGCGUGUUUUUUUUUCUUUCUGCAAUUCUAUAAGAUCUGACCUCUAGAGGGCGCCUGAGCACAUCCAAAUCAUCAUAGGCUUCAGUUGGAGGCCUCUGUGUAGUCUGUAAUGGACGAUACUCAUUUAUGGUAUGGAAGUCUGCUGAGAGCUGCUGUUGUUGAUAAUACAUCAGUUUAUUUCCUUGAAGAUGCUUCCCAGUAGAAACUUCCAACAUGGUUCAUUUCUGGGAUUAAAGGAAUACUUCGCCAACAGAAGGAAUAUUUGUCAAUUACUCACGGUGUGUUACCUUGAAUUCUAGGAGAAUUAUUUUUUUCCAUAUGCCUAUAGUGAACGAAUAAUUAAAAAAAGACUUGUCUUGAAUGAAAGUAUAUGGGGCUGAACUUUCACAACAGUAAAACUAUAUCCAAACAUUUUCACUCUCAUAAUUUUUGUAUAUGUAAUAGAAAGUAGUUAAUUUAAUGUCUUAUUUAUCCAGUUGUAUUCUCAGUAUUUCCCUUACUAUUUAAGACAAUUCUGCAUAGACAGUCUUACGUUUGUGCAGGCAUGCCUCUUUUAAAUAGAAGAUUUAAGCAAAAAAUACACAUGUUUUGUUAAAUGUAUUUUGAAGGAACUGUGAAUGAAAUUGAGACUUGGAUUAUACUUUACAAGUUGUGUGAGAGUUUGUAGCCUGAUGUUUUGAUGCAGUUUUGCCGUUGUUAAAUGGCCCAAAACUUAAAUUCAUUACUUGCAUGAAAGAUAAAUGUUUUCUUCAAGAAUUCAAGGUUACAUGGGUUGAGUAGUUAAGAAUCAAAUGGACAUUUUGUUGGUAAAGAAUUCUUUCAAGUUAUCAGUGUUUAAACUGACUGUAGUGGUCAAACAAGUCAAACCCUUUGAACUAUGAUACUGCUGCACUAGAUCUCAUAAUACAAAUGUGUGGUAGCAUUAGGGCCUAAAUAUGGAAGAUAGGCUGACUCUGUUUCAUUUAAUAAUAUAAACUGAAACAAAUAAAAACCACGACACCUCAGUUAAUACAGAAUACAUACAUGUGAAACAAAUGAUCUCUAUAGAGAGCUCUACUUUAUCAGAUUGUUUUUGUAACACCAAACUCUUCAACUUGUUUAAGCCGUAUGUCAGGCUGUUAGUGACGUGUGUUGAAUAACCGCAGGAAAAAGUGCAACAUUUCUUCACAUUUUAUUCACAGAAAUAUAAAGUAGUAUGUCAAGUACAUCACUUUGUACAAAAUUGCACAGACUCUUCAAAACUCAGUCAGACAACAGAAAAUGUAGCUUAAGAAGUGUUAAGAAAAUAAAAGGGAGGCAUGAGCAAUCUGUGAUAUGUGAGAUGGGCUCUUGCAACAGACAGGCUCCACUGAGGAUGUUUCAUCAAGAAGAAUCAAUCAAUUGUACAUAAAUAAGACUCGAUAGGAAAAAUGUAAUUUACAACAGCUGAGGAAUAAAUAUGUUUCAAAAAUAGGAUUCAAAUUGGCACAUGAACUGCUCCGUUCUCUCCUCGACUGAAAUUUAAAUGUCACCAUUGAAGCUAAAUGGCCGUGCUUGAAAAGCCCAAUGUUGACUCUUGAUAUGUUUAUUCUUUCCGAACAAAAGUUUGCAUAUGUGUGAAGUACAGUAUCUGAAAUCUGGCUGCUCUCUAUUCAUUUUGUAAGGUGUGCCUUGCCAGUUUAAAAAGAAAAAGGUGUGACAUUGUGGGAAGUACAUCCCUGGGUUGGAUCAGAGCAUUGAUACCACUCCACUGAACAUGAAAGUGGUAACCAUUUUCUUAUUUAACUCUUGGCAAUGCAUUUCCAAAAUGUCAAACAUUUCCUUUAAGAAGGUAUUUGGACUGAUAUUGUGUUAUAGUGAAUGUCUGUGAUGUACAUUUUUACAGUAACAUGAGUAUUUUGUUGUGUUUUUCUUACGAGUUAAUAACUCAACAAGCCCAUCACUCUGUCAGCAUAAAGUAAAGCAACAACAUCACAUCUUCCCAUUCAAACAUGGCCAUCUACUACCCCUAACUUACUGCCUGUCCACACCAGGCCGCACUAACAGUACCAAAUACUGCCGCCUCUCUAAAAAGCGAGU